AUGAGUCCACCAUUCGAUACGGUCCUUAAUGAGGCGAAGCUAGAAACCAAAGCUCUCAAAGCCAAACGGCCUGGCUUUACGGAUGAUCGUUACAACGAAACGUCUUACUACAUUGAGAACGCUCUGCGUAAAGUUUACCCGUAUUAUUUUACCUUCACAACCUUCACGAAGGGAAGAUGGGUGGGGGAACGAAUAUUGGACGUAUUCGCAAGAGAAUUCCGAGCACAUCCCGCAGAGGAGUACGAGAGAUGUAUACGAGCGGGAACCUUAACCGUAAACUACGAAAAGGUCCCUACCGACUACAAGCUGAAGCACAACGAUUUGCUCGCUAAUGUCGUCCACAGACAUGAAACCCCUGUACUAGCAAAUCCAAUCAAGCUAAUUCACGUUGACGAGGAUUUAAUUGUUUUGGACAAACCGUGUUCGCUUCCGGUGCACCCCUGCGGCCGGUAUCGCCAUAACACCGUGGUUUUCAUUCUUGCCAAAGAGUACAAUUUAAAGAAUUUGCGAACUAUUCACCGAUUGGAUCGACUCACGAGCGGACUUUUAUUGUUCGGUCGAUCGCCAAAGAAAGCUAGACAAAUGGAACACCAAAUUAGAAAUCGCCUCGUACAAAAGGAAUAUAUAUGCCGCGUCGAAGGAGAAUUUCCCGAGGGAAUAAUAGAAUGCAAAGAGCCCAUCGAGGUGGUUAGUUACAAAAUAGGCGUAUGCAAAGUUUCCGCGAAAGGAAAGGAUUGCGUAACCAUCUUCCAGAAGCUAGGAUACAACGGACUAACCAGCAUUGUUCUAUGUAAACCAAAAACAGGAAGGAUGCAUCAAAUUAGGGUUCAUUUACAAUAUUUAGGGUAUCCUGUAGUUAACGAUCCUUUAUACAAUCACGAGGUAUUUGGUCCUAUGAAAGGGAAAGGUGGCGAUUUAGGCGGCAAGACGGAUGAAGAUUUAGUUAAGGAUUUAAUUCACAUACACAACGCCGAAAAUUGGCUUGGAAUGGACGGCGACAGUGAUUUAUCCAUGUUUAAUUCUAGAAAGGGAGAUCUAGAGGAUUCCUUGGAAGUAUUGGAACCAAAAGGAGACGACGAAUCCGAUCAACUCUCCAGAGAGCCUUCCCCUUGUGAUGAAAAUUGUGAAAAUAACACAUCAGUGCCAUGCGAAUCAACGCCACACCCCCUUCAUUGUAGAAGUGACCGCGAAAAGGUGACGGUCGCCACACAGACUGGACAUGAAGCGCCUGAUCUCAGCUUUAAUCCUGAUAAAAUGACUGUAGAUAAGCAUUGCUACGAAUGUAAAGUUAGAUAUCGUGAUCCUAAACCUCAAGAUUUAGUCAUGUAUCUCCACGCCUGGAAAUAUAAGGGUCCUGGCUGGGAUUACGAAACGGAAUUACCAGAAUGGGCAAGAGUCGAUUGGAUUGACUCAGAUCCAUUGGGGUGAUGACGAUGAUGACUUCUCUUCCUUAAUUUAAGGCAUCUCUUAUCCACUCAGUCUUUCCAAAAAAAGCUACUUUUAGGAUGAAUCCCUCGCGUAUUUCUGUGAGGGAGCAAAACAAUCAUUCUAUAUUAAUCCGUUUUGUUCGCCAAUACUUUGUCUACGACGAUAAAAAACUAUCCCUUAAUUAUAAGUAUUAGAAUUUAAACACAGCAGCAGCUUGCUAAAUACGUUUUUUGUUCCGAAUUCUUGUGCUUCAUUAGAUUGCUUUCAUUUGUACUUCUCAGCGCAUAAAGUGAUGUUUGACUGUUCAUGUGAACGUAUAUAUGCCCAAUAAAUUUACUUAUAUAUUUUGUAUACUGUACACGAUGACUUUCAUUAACAUUUACAUUCUCUUCACCUACCAAUUGAAUUUAAUUGAAAAUUACCUAUUCGGUAGGUUAAAAUAUUUUAUCAAAAAAGUACUGAGAUACAGUCAUACUGUGCCUUAAAUUGUAUAUUGGUAUGUUUUCAGUUGAUCACCCAUUCAUAUCAUUUUCUUGCAUGGACCCUUGCUUAUGGUAGUGUUGUUAUCGCAAUUUUAAAUCCAUUUAUCGUCGAGGAAUGUUACCAUUUGUGAUAAUUAUUAAUUAGUUUAUUGCGCAUAUAAAAUUUUUACUUUUCAAUAAGAGGUACAUAUAUUAUUAUAUAGUGACAGAUUUGCAAAUAUAUAUACGUAGUAAACUAAAGCUUUAUAUUACGAAAAAGGUAAUAUAGAAUUUUUUUAUUAUCAAAGUGCAUAGAGUGGACAGAGCUGACAGUUUUAUUUUUAAUUACCACUUGAAAAUCGAAACAUUUUGUAACACUAAGCUUGUUUGUAUAGUUGUAUAUACUUGAAUGUUGUGAUGUAACAACUGGGACCUAUCUUUACUACAAUAGCAUUUUAUAAUGUUGCAAAUACAGCAGUAAGUAUUGAUAUUUUUUAAGCUGUCAGUUGAUUGUACGAAUUACAAAUACGGAAAUACUUACUGAUCGAAUAUAUGGCUACCAAUUUAAAGUUUUCUAUAUAAAUGAAUUUAACGAGUGAAUCUGAACAAUACACAUAUGUCUUACUAUGUAUGCAUAUCGAUAGUUACUUUCAUACAAUGAUAAAUUUACGAUAUAAAAGAUACAAUCUCAAAAUGAGCUUAAAAGAACUAAUUGCAUAAG